GUGUCACUUUCAAAACUGACCAUUUUAAUUGAGGUACUAAAAGACUAUAGGGAUGGAGAUAUGAAAGUGAAAAACUGCUGGAGGAACUCGCGGGUCAGGCACUAUAUGUGACGACAAAUUGAUGUUUGAUAUUUAGGGUUAACACCUGCACCGGGAGUUUUGAAAACAUGAAAGAUCCCUUGAAGUACCUCAUUUUCAAGCGGAAUUAGCUUUCUCCAUGUAAAUUUUAAUCUAGAAAAAGGAAAUGAGCAGAAUUUUCAUAAUUACGAUAGUAAAAUGAGCAGGUUGUACAAGAAAAGUCCUUUCACUAAGUGAAUCCGGACGACGCCUCUUGCUCAAGCGGACCUUUUGUCUGGCGCUCUGUUAAUCCAGCCCGAGCAGGGAGGAGGAUUUGCGGUGUGGCACUCGAGCCGUGGGGAGUGUGUAACCGUGUUUUGGGCAGUGGUGGAGGCGGCUGAUGAGUCAGAGCCGGCAGGAUGAACAUUAGCGAAACCUGGAUGUUUAAAUGUUAGGAUGAUGGACAGCAAAUCAAAAAUAACUGUAAGGAAAUGUACUGAAGGGGGAUCUUGGUGGAGGAGAGAAGAACAGGAACAAUUUUGGAUAAAGAAUGACCUUGUGGGGACCAAGCUAUUAUGGAGUUAUUGAGUGAUGCAGAUCAGAGGCAACAGCCAUACAGGACUUGCUACUGGAUCUGUGCAGCAGAGCCGAACACAACUGGGCUGGGAUGUUGGAAGAGAAUUCCUAGAACUUGGGGUGCAGCUGCCUGUCUCAACAGAAAGUUUUGGAAACAUUAAAAGCAGUUAUACUUCUGGGAUGAACCAGUUUCACCUGUCAAACAUACCUGACAUGAAAAAACAGUGGAAAAAGGGCUAUAACGUGCUUUCGUUGCAGACAUCAGAGUUAAACUUUUGAGAAGCAAGACCACAAAAGGCAGCCUGGGAAUAUUUUUACUGAUGGUAAACUGUCAAUUAGCCAUCAUUUUCCUUUAGGAACAUAUGUGCAACUUGUGUGAUGCAGGUUAGAUAACUAGUCAUAUGAGCAGUAAUCUAUAAGCAAGUACUUCACUUGUUCUGUGACAGCAUAGUUCCUGAGAAUUCAAGUCUUAUUAACUUACUACACUAUUAACAUGCUAGCAGAUCAACAAAUUGUUGCUUUGGUUGCACAUUAGGAGCUUCUAAAAGAAGAUAAAACAUGAGAUCUCUUUUAUAUGGUGAUAGGAAUAUUUUGUUUUUGUUGUUAACAUUUUAGAUGUAUUUUUGAUCACUUUACUCCACAAUAUUUGUCUUCUCAACUGCUAAGUGUAAUUAAUCUUUUGAACAUAGUAAGAGAACCACUAACUCUUUGUUUGCAUAGGUUUGAGCUGUCAGAAUGGCAUAACUUGAUUUUUGUUCUUCGUGGAUUGAAUAGUGUGGAAACACAGAAUGAAAUGUACAGCCCAUAAAUGACUCAUAGUGGCAUCAUACAGAUGGGUCAGAAGACUCGAAUAUUAAAACACAGAUUUUUUAAUGUUUGUGAAAUCUUUUAAAAGGAAAAGAUCUGCUGAACUUCGAUUCAUAUAUUUUGUAAUCUCUCUAACCAGACCAUUUAGGCCAAUUGAACUGUUGGUAGCUCUGUAGUGGCUAAUGGAAGCACUGGAAGCAGAUGACAUCAGCCCUGCUUUGGAAGCCACUGAAGAGUUCUUUCUUUACAAUGGCAUUGAUGACCAAAUAGGAUAUGCUGAUCAUCCAAAGCAUGAAGUGUAUGGCAUCCAGGAGGUCCCAGUGGUAAUUGGACAUGAAAUUCUUAAGAUGAGAAAUGAGAAACUGCAGCAGAAAGAUGGCACCAAAGCUGCAGCUCAAAAACUGAGCACAUUGGAGACAACAAAACAAAUAGACAUAAGGAGUAAUGCACUUAACAGAAAACCUGUUAGCAUAGCCAGUGGACCUAAACAGGAAAGGGCUGAUGGUUUGGGCAUUGAAAGUUCCUUCAUCUCAAAUGGUUAUGAUGCCAUUUACACCAGGAGGGACAACCCAGUUGAAAAUGGGUCAACCAACAGGCCACUGCUCUUACGAUCGCAGUCCGACAUCAUUCCAUCACGCAACGGGUUGCAAACUAGCACAGCACCAGUUCGUUACCUGCUGAACUUCAAUUUACCUCUCCCCAACGCUGCCACCUCAUUUGAUAAAGAAAGACGCUUUGUAAUGAGCACUCGCAUGAAAGGUGAUCCUCAGCCAUCCAGUCGUGAAGUCCUGAAGAAGGGAUAUCUGGUGACGAGACAAGAUCGGAGUGGCCCUUGGAAACAGUGUUACGUGGAGCUUUAUCCAAAAGAGCUGUGCUUGUACAGUGCAGAGGCUGGGAAUGACUGCCAUCUUUGCAGUGUGUUCUACCUGAGCUGCUGCGAAAGCAUCACCAUAUCAGCCAUUUCUGGUGAUCGGGUCCUGGAAAUCCUUUUUUCCAACAGUGCAUGGCUACAAUUGCAAGCAUGCUCCACCUGGGAGGCUGAAGACUGGAAGCAGAACCUUCUGAAGCGAGCACAUGACCUACGUCAGCCACAGAUCUUGGGUUUGCCAAAUAGAACCCAAGAGGCACCACUUCCUGGCUGGCGUCCUGGAACUUGCCAAGUUGAAUCAAUUCAGUCUAAAAUCCUUUCCCUGCCCACAGACGGCAUAAUUCGGGUCGGAUUACUUCAUAAACUGAUCUCUCAGGAUCACUGGAACUCUUACACCUUUGUCCUUAGCCAAAGUGAACUAAAGUGCUUUCGAUCUAAUGACCUAGUUGAGGAGCCCUUGAUGUCUUACAAGAUCAAUCAAUGCCUUAGUGUUGAGCCAGAAGUCAUGAUAGGCUCUGUUUCCCGCCUUAAGCUGGCUUUCCCCAAAGAGGUGCUCACUCUUAUGGCAGACACACAACAGGAGCUUCAAGAGUGGACUGAGGCAAUCAAGGCAGUGACUGACUCCACGUUAUUGUCCAAUUGCUCUGGCCACUUCUCAUCAAAGGAUCUGCGGCCAAAAGAGACAAAUUCUGAAGGUGUGCGGGUGUGCAGGAAUAAACGGUACUCUGUGACCAGCAGCUUUCUCAGUCUUCUGACGGUGAUAACAGUGGAGAAGGGGCUCACAGCUCAGAGCUUCAGGUGUGCAGGAUGUCAGAGACCAGUGGGUUUGACCUAUGGGAUUGCCAAGGUGUGUACCUACAGUGGGUGGUACUAUUGCCAAGCUUGUCACGUGGAUGAUCUGUUUCUGAUCCCUGCUCGACUGGUUCACAACUGGGACACCACAAAACACAAGAUUUCAAAGCAAGCAAAAGAGUUCUUGGAGUACAUCGCUGAAGAGCCGCUUAUUGAUAUCCAGCAGGAUAAUCCGUGCCUGUAUGAACAUGUGGAUGCUUUGGCAACAGUCCUCCGUUUGCGCCAGCAGCUCAAGUCGCUGAGAGCAUACCUGUUCAGCUGCAGAGCUUCUGUGGCAGAAGAUUUGCGUCGAAGAAUCUUUCCCAGGGAAUAUAUUCUGCAGCAUGUCCAUUUGUACUCCUUGGCUGACCUUCAACAGGUCUUCGAAGGCAAACUUGCUCCAUUCCUCAUGAAGAUCAACAAAUUUGCCAGUGCCCAUGUGUACAGUUGUAGCCUUUGUAGCCAGAAAGGCUUUUUCUGUGAGAUCUGUAACAGUGGGCAAAUCAUCUAUCCCUUUGAAGGAACCACCACCACAAGGUGUGAGAUCUGUGGAGCAGUUUUCCACAUUGAAUGCAAGUCGAGGAAUGUUCCUUGUCCCCGCUGUGUGCACAGGGAGCUGAAGAAGAAGCCACAAUCUUUCUGGAGCAAACUAGACUUUGAUGACAACUUUGAGCUUUGCAAUGCAUUUGAAUUUUCUUAUCCAACCACUUGAUGUGCAGGGCAGAUUUAAGUCGGUGUGGUAUUCUUUCAUCACUUAAGAAAUAGAACAGGCUGCAUUUUGAUCCCCACAUACGUACAGUAACAGAAUAAACUGAGAGAGGAUAUUAACACAAGGUGUAGGAGUUUAAAAAAAGAGUAGCAUAGAGUGCACUCAGUCUUCAUAUUUAAGCACACGCUAUAGAUUGUAAUUUUAGACAUACACUUUGAGAGUUUGUUGCUUUGUCUAUUUGUGCAAUUCAAAAACCAUCUCCUUUGUAAAGACAAGUGAAAACAUGAGCAAAAUAACUGGACUUGUUUCCAGUGAAUGUACAGAAAUCCUUUGAGGACAAGUUAGCAUUCUUAUUCUGAGUCGGUGUACUGAGGUCACUUUGCUGUGGUCGGUUUCUUGGGUUUGGAUAGGGUGCAUUCCUAAACUGCAGUGGACACUGCAUUGCAUCACACUUUGUAACCCUGCCUAACUCUGUAAACAUUUGCUACAAACAUUGAUUGGCAAAAGUGGACAACAUGUUCAUUCCCCAGUGCCAUUACUCUUCACCUCUGCACGUCUGUCCUCACCGCAGAACAACAGGUAUUUAGUAUGUAGACAAACCACCAAUGUUAUAGUUUGUCUUUCUGUUUUAACAGUGGCCAUCAAAAAUUUAUUCCUUAUUGCCUGCUGGCUGCGUAUUACUGGAGGGAAGGUAUUUAAAUAAGAACGUUAGUUUUCCGUUGUGCUUUUAAAACGAAUCUGUUGCUCCAUUGGUUCAACAAUUGCUACAUUUUUUGUUUAAGUUGUUUUCAUCCAAGGAGUAUAUUUUUAUGGACAUUCCCACCUUUGGAUAUGAAGGCUGUAGAUAUUCUGGGACAGCAUUCAUUUCGGUCAACUGGUGGAGGAGCAACACGCUGAGCUUAGGUUCUGACUAGGCCAACUCCAGCAUGUCACAAGUAUUCAUAAGCAGACAUAAGUGCCACUGGAGACCCUAACAAUCAUGUGAUUGUAACACAAGUUUAAGAGGAGAAUUCCUGGCUCCUUGUAGGGAUCAUUGGGAUUUCUUUCAACUAGUGCUUACCAGCUUCAUAGCAUUUUGGGGGGUUUUGUUUUCUGGGACGUGAAAAGAAAUGAGCUGCAGUGUUUCCAUUUUGUUCUGUUGCAUAUUAAAAAGGUUGUGCACGUCAGUCAAGCCCCUAAGUUCUCCCAGGCUCUGAUCCCCUCGGCAUCCUGAGGAAAGCUGGUUAAAUAACAUCAAACAUCACAAACUAGAAGGCGAAGUUUGGUUCAGUGAGCAAUGGGAAAGAAUUAAGCUCUUCACGACCAAAAGCACGAGCAGGAAAAGGGAAGACCUUGAAAUAAAAACACACAAAAAUGUGAGAAAUACUCCAUGUCGUAUGUGGAGGAGCUAUUAAUGAAGGGUCCUCUGCCUGGAAUGGAAACUCUGUUUCUAUCUCCACCAACGUUGCCUGAUUUUCUGACUACUUGCAUCAUUUUGGAUUUCCAAACACCAUGAUGUUUUGCUUUUGUAUAAAGGCGAGAUCUUAAUAAAAGAUCUUAAUAUAAGGUUAGAGCAAAAUGUUAAUAUAGUUAACUUGAGCAUAUUUACACAUACUGCCAGUUAUUGACAUACAUGGAGCUCAUGGAUAGUGUUUAGAGCUGCACAAUAACUAGGCAAAGUAAGUUGCAGCCAGUGCACCAUGAGUAGAAAACACUGUGACUGGGGGUUAUGUCUUUUGAGGAGGAAAAUUAACAUUAUAUUGGAGUAGACCUCUUGGGGAGCAGUACUAUUUCAGGCAUACUAAGGGAGCGAAUGGAUACCUUUUUCUCGGCUGUUCUCUAGAAUUGAGUGUUUUGGACAAAGUUGUGGACCACUGACGAGGUCCUUCUGCGCCUAAUACAAAGUGUUUCAGAUUUUCCUCUACCCUCACCACCCACAUGAGUCUGUUGCCACAUAAGGCGCAUUUGUCUCUGUCAGUGUCACUUAAGGUUUGUGUGGAAGGAAAGUUUUUUUAGAAGAAACUAACAAUUUAUAAAGAGAAUUUUAGUUGUAUUUUGGCAUACAGUGAGCAAAGGGUUGUUUUAAGCAUGCUUGGAGAAAACAAUUACUUCUGACCUGACAGCUUGUGCCACAGUCAUGCUGUGUGUGAGUAUGAGAUGUGAUCUUGUGUAUAUGAUUUAGAUCUAGUUUUCCCUUGAGGAAGGUUUCCAGUUCUGAGACAGGCCACCAUUUUUUCCCCUUGCAACUGUGCUCAGCUGCAUGUGUGUUUGCGUACAAUUGCGGUGUGGUGUAUUGGGGGUUAAUGUGUCUCCAAAAGUGAGAAACAGAAGUGAUUGUACAUUAAAGUUUGGUGGGGAGGAAACAAAAGCAGGUUUUUGAGACAGUUUCUGUACAUCAUGUUGCAAAGUUACUUCUAAAGCCCUGAGGGGUGAUUGCACCUCAUUGGCAUGUAUGCUGUUAUCUGCCUCAGAACCUGGACAACUGUCUCACUGCCUAUUUCAGUCUGAUAACAUUACUUCUAAUCUCUCCUCUCCGACUGUGUCACAAGACUUAACUUCUAAUCAAUAUUUCUGCAUUUUCUGUUGAUGAAUGGGAGCUGCAUCAGGCACACAUAAGCUGUUAUCAUUCUUCAGAUACCUACUGCAAUUGUAGAACAUUCUACUUGAAUCCUGUUGCUUUUUAUAAUAUUAUAUAUUUAUGUAUAUAAAUCGUGCAAAAUUAUCCUGAGAUUGAUUUUUGUAUAGCUGAAGCCUAUAAAGUCAUCUAGAAAAUAAUAAAGGUAUGAAAUUCCACUGCAGUUUAACUGUGCUUUUAAGACAAGUGAACCAAAGGAAUCUGGUUUUAGUCACAAUGAGGUUAAGAGUAUGAUGAUUGGACUUAGUUUCCCAUAAGAGAAAAGUCCUUACUAACAUGCAAUCUGAUGGCAUGAAAGGUUGUAAUCAGAGCGCAUGGUUUUAAGAUGGUUAUUAAAAGAUCUGGGAUGAAACUCCUUUUUUAAAAAAAUGCUUUCUUCUAUUCUGGAAGUCACUACCUUUCCCAAUGAGCCACAGCACUUUUCUGCCAGUCAAUUCUCUUUGAAGUGUGGUUGCUGUUGUAAUUUAGGAAACACCAGUUAAUUUGGCCAUAACAAGUUCUCCCAAUCAGCAAAAUGUUAAAGAUCAGCAUUGUUUGACAUUUUGAUGCCCUAUUCAGAGCACUGUCAUGAAAAGAGAUCACUAGCUAGACAAAGAAAAAGAUUUAAAGGUGUGCCCAAAGCUUCCUUGAAAAUAUCCGGUCUUCCCACUUGCUCCUGGGAACUCCUGGCUUUUGACCACUGAAAGUGGAUGAGGGGUACUGAGGAUAGCAUCAAGAAUCUCGAGACAUUGAUUUGGGAGCAUAUGAAAGCUCAGCGUAUAUUGUAGAAUGCAUGCACUACUCUGUAAACUAACCACCUACUUCUGACAAGGAAUCUGUAGUUCCUACAUUGGUCUUGUCAGAUAUUUAAGGAAGUCAUCCUCGGUUGCAAGGUCCUGCUUAAGAAGAUUUAGUGGGAGAACAAGAACUGACACAAUUGCACUUCAAUUUGUUAUCGCAGGAUCUGUAUUCACCUGUGCGAGUAAUCUCAACUUCAUUAAUUUCCAAAUGACACCAUCCACACAGUAUAUUUGUUCAUCCACGGGAGAUGAGUUUCACUGCCAAUUAUUGUCCAUUCCUUGCUCCUGAACUGAGAAGGCAGUUUCAGAAUCAAUCACAUUGGUGUCUGGAGUUGAAAAUAGGCCAGGUGGGAUAAGAAUUGGAUUUGGUUUAUUAUUGUCUCACAUACUGAGAUUCAGUGAAAACUUUGCUGUUCAUAUAGAUCAAAUUGCACAGUGCAUUGAUGUAGCACAAGCUAAGUGAAAACAACAAUACAGAAUAAAGUGCAACAGCCACAGAUAAAGAGCAGUGCAGGUAGACAAUAAGGUUCAAGAAUUGAUUGUGAGAUCCUCAGAUUGUUGUAUUGUACUAGGGAACCAUUCAAUAGUCUUAUAACAAUGGAGUCAGAAUGAUUGUUGUGAUGCAUUUAGUGUGGUAGUGUAGUGGCUAGUGCUUGUCGCUCUCACUUUCUGCUUUCACCACUGGCUAGCAGUCUUGGGAAAAGGUGAGCUGAAUGUGUAAGUCUCUCCCUGCCAGUACAUAGCCUCUCCAACAGCAAGCCUCAUGUAGUGCCACCUUGCUGGCGACACACGGAAACUGAAUUCCUUUUGGACUCAGGCUGAACUACAGAAGACGGGGAGCAGGUCUGGCCUCUGAACACGUAGCACGCAGGCCCACGGGUGUGUGGACAUACUCUAGUGCUCGUGAAUCAGAUCCCCAGCUACAGGUAAAUAGCCUUGUGGGCAGCCUUGGGAGAGACAAAGGCUGUGAGAGUAAACCCCAACAGCAAAUCUGGAGUGGAGUCCCUAGGGCGGCUGGACAUUACUGAACUCCUUCAUUAGCUUUACUUUGGAUUACAGGCUGAGAGGGGGAUCUUGACGACUAGGCAUCUCAGCCUCUCCAUACCUUCCGGCCAGACUUGUGAUGAUAAUCAUCAUCACCCAUUGUCCUUCAAGACAAACGGAUGCCAACCAAAAGCUGUCCUUGAGCCUGGUGUUUUCAGGCUUUUGUACUUUCUGCCCAAUUGGAGAAAAGAGAAUGUGGGUGGGGUCUUUUAUUAUGCUGACUGUUUUACUGAAGCAGCAAGAAGAGUGGACUCUUAGAGCGGAGGCUGGUUUCCAUGAUGAGUUGUGUCCACAACACUAUCAUUUCUUGUGGUUACAGACAGAGCAGUAACCAUAUCAAGCCGUGAUUCAUCUGGAUAGGGUGCUUCCUAUAAUGUGUUGAUUAAGAGUUGGUGAGGAUCAAAGGGGACAUGUCAAACGUGUUUAGCCUCCUGAGGAAGGAGAGGCAUCAGCGAGCUUUCUUAACUGUGGUGUCAACAAGACUGCAGAAGCUGGAAAUCUAGAGUAACAAAAGAAAAUGCUGGGAAUAAAACUCAACAGAUCAGACAGAUUCUGUGGAAAGAGAAAUAGGGUCAAUGUUUCAUGUCUGAGACCGUUUUGUCAAAACAAGUGGUUAAAUACGUUGGACAAUUCAGCCUGAUGAAUCCAUACUGACACCAUGCAAGAUGAAUCCAGCUAAUUCCACUCCUCUACCUGCCUUGAAAUUAAAUUGAAUUGACUUUAUUUUUUACAUCCUUCAUAUACAUGAGGAGUAAAAAUCUUUACAUUACUUCUCUGUCUAAAUGUGCAAUGUGCAAUUUAUAGUAAUUUAUAAUAAAUAAUAUGUACAACUGGAUAGUCAGUAUAACAUAGAAAUACAAUUGUAGCAACUUGGAUUGAUCAGUCUGAUGGCCUGGUGGAAGAAGCUGUCCCGGAGCCUGUUGGUCCUGGCUUUUAUGCUGCAGUACCGUUUCCCGGAUGGUAGCAGCUGGAACAGUUUGUGGUUGGGGUGACUUGGGUCCGCAAUAAUCUUUCGGGCCCUUUUUACACACCUGUCUUUAUAAAUGUCCUGAAUAGUGGAAAGUUCAGAUCUCACUGUUACCAUCAGGUAGGAGGUACAGAAGUCUGAAGGCACACACUCAGCGAUUCAGGAACAGUUUCUUCCCCUCUGCCAUCCGAUUCCUAAAUGGAUAUUGAAGCUUUGGACACUACCUCACUUUUUUUAAUAUACAGUAUUUCUGUUUUUGCACAUUUUAAAAAAUCUAUUCAAUAUAUGUGAUUGAUUUAUUUGUUUAUUUAUUAUUAUGUUUUAUUUUACUUAUUUUUUUUUCUCUCUCUCUGCUAGAUUAUGUAUUGCAUUGAACUGCUGCUGCUGCUAAGUUAAAAAAUUUCACAUCACGUGCCAGUGUUAAUAAACCUGAUUCUGACAGAUGUGCCGGGCAGUCCUCUCCACUCUCUGCAGAGUCUUGCAAUUGAGGGAAUUAGUUCCCAUACCAGGCAGUGAUGCAGCCAGUCAGGGCGCUCUGUAGAAAGUUUUUAGGAUUAAAAUAGCCUUGAAAUUAAAAGUUAGCCCAUAGCCCUAGAAUUUUCCUUCUCCAGCAUCCUAUCGGAAUUUACCAUUGAAUCUCCCUCCACUACUCCCCCCAACAGAUGCUAUGCAUGUGUUUUCAGAAAGAAGUUUUCUCACCAAAUGAACACAGUGGCACCAGUGGUAUAGCCAUAACCUUAUGGCUAAGAUGAUCUGGGUUCAUCCCUAUCCUCUGGUGCUACUUGUGUGCAUGGGCAGCAUAAAAAGCAAUUUAAUGAAGAGCAAUAGUUUCCUGGUAGUCGGUAUGAACUCACUAUGCCAAAAGGCCUGAUUGUACAGGUAUAUUCUCCAUGUGUCCUUUGUUAAUCUUCCCUCCCCAUCAUCUUCAGUUUAGAUGCCCCUUCCCAUUGCUGUACACUCUGCUCGCACACAAUUGCAUGGCCAUAUUGUCAAGUUCACCAACGACAUGACAGUGGUGGGGCUUAUCACCAAUAAUGAUGAGAUGGCCUACAGAGAGGAAGUGGAAGAGAUCAAGGCCUUGUGCUGGGCAGAUAUCCUCUUCCUCAAUGUCAACAAGACAAAGGAAAUGGUUAUGAACUUCAGGAGAACUCGCACUACUCACACCUCUCUUCACAUCGGCGGCCCAGCAGUGGAAAUUGCAAACUGUUUCAAUCUCCUGGGAGUGCACAUCUCAAUCAACCUCUCAUGGCCCCAGAACACAUCCUACACAAUCAAGAAAGCUCACCAAUGCCCCUACCUUCGGAGGAGGCUGUAGAGAGCUGGACUCUGCACAUAAAUACUCAUAACCUUCAACGGAGGCGCAAUAGAGAGCAUCCUAACAUCCUGCAUCACUGCAUGGUAUGAAAACUGCAAUGCGGCAGAUGGGAAUCUAAUUUAGUCAUAGUAGUCAUAGUCAUUUGAGCUGGGGAUUCCCUUCAUGAAACACAAUGGACAUAUUUUCCCUCCAAGCAAAUAGGGAGAGCAACAUUAACUAUUAGACAAGGCUUUUUUUAGGUAUUACAAACCCAACAGAGUACUACUAUGCAGAAUCCUCUGCAAAUUGUGUAGUCAAAACUGCCCAACGCAUCAUCAGCACCAGCCUACCUACCAUCACGGACAUAAAAGGUGCUGGAUAAAAGGCUAGCAAUAUCAUGAAGGAUCCCACCGACCCUGCUCAUGGACUGUUUGUCCCAUUCCCAUCAAGGAGAAGGCAAUGUAGCGUCCAUGCCAGGACCACCAGUCUCAAAAACAGUUACUUUCCCCAAGCAGUAAGGCUGAUCAACACCCCCACCCACUAACCCACCCCUCCCCACCCCCAACCACCACUGCUUUAUCAUUUCCUGUCAGUCACCUUGUGUACAGGUACUCCUGAACCUAGUGUCGCCUUAUGGACAAACAAUUGAUCUAUGCAUAUAAGCUAUCUCAUGAAAUUAUACUGUAUUUAUUGUGUUUUUAUUACUGUUCUUUAUCUUAUUGUGGGUUUUUUGUGCUGCAUCAGAUUCAGAGUAAUUCAUCUGCACACUCAUGUACUGGAAAUGAUAUUAAACAAUUUUGACCUUGAUCUCAUCCCUGGAAUAAUUUUGGUGGAUCUGCACUGCAUCGUCCCUGGAAGCCUUAUAGCAAAUUUCCUGAAGUGCAAUGCGCAGAACUGGGGGCAAAAAUUAAAUUGCACCAAACCAGUGUUUCAUCGCAACUUCCUUGCUCUUGUACUCCGUCUCCAUUUUGCGGAUGUGAGAAGUGAGGCCAGUUCCCUUGAAUCAUCAGUGAAUGAAUAUAUGAUGACUUGGAGAUCAGCUUCUGAAUGUAUGCACAUGCAAGUCCUGUCCACAUGCUGUAGCUGUACUGAAUUUGAAUGGCUCUGUUUGAGAGAGUGUUAACUUCAGUCGAAUGUCUUCCCAUUCACCCUGUAGAGCAUCUCCACUCUGGCGAGAAUCUACCUUGAGCUGCGGAGUCCCUUGAAGAAACACACUGGACAUAAUUUUCACUCCAAGCAAAUAGGGAGAGCAACAUUAACCAUGAGACGAGGACUUCUUAGGUAUUACAAACUCAACAGAGUGCAACAAUGCAGAAUAAAACUAUGUUGCUAUCAGAAAAUUUGUCUCUCUUCAAUGUCUGAUUGGUUGGAAGCUGUAUUUCAAGCCGCCAGGUCUAUGAAGAACCAGGCGCUGAUAAGUUGAGAACAUCACUUCAAAUCUGUUCUUAGCUGAAGUUUCCCUUAGUAUUGGACUACUGUGCUGAUCUGUACAGAGUUUGUUGCCAGUCCACAGUUGUGAAUCCACAACUUACAAAAUAAAAGGCAAUAGUGCUACCGACUGAACCGUAUCUGACAACUUAGAGCAAACUGCAGUGCCUCAUUUCCAUCAGAAUGUUUUUUUUAUUACAUUAGGAUUGAUUGAUUCAUUAUGAGCAGCAUUUCUAUCAGAGCUGCUUGCACUCUUCACUUAUGGAAGCUAAGUGUUUUGGACAUAUUGUACUCAUUCCCAUAGCCUGACUUCAACCCCACCCCCAACCCACUGGCCUCCAAUUCUUCUCUCACAAGUACCAGGGCAUUAGAGCUCUCAACGUGCUGCCAACCUUCAAGUAGUCAGAGGGGGAAAUGCCUCAAUUCUCCCUGUUUAACUCGUAGGACUUCAUGUAAACAGUAAUCAGUUUGUUGUUGCCACGUCCAGCUUGUUUGCUGGAAUGAUUUUAUGGAGGAUCUCACAAAUUAAACCUGAGCGGCCUUGGUGCCUCGUUGUCACUUCCAAUUAGUGCAUUGUCGAGCUGCACAAUGACAUCGCUAUAGCAAACGCAGUGGGGGC